AGCAGCAGAUGCUGGCCGGGCAGGAUGUCACAAUUGCAGGCCACAGUGCAGCCUGAGCCUGGGGAUCACAAUGAACUUGAAGUCAGGAGGAGGAAGAGGUCCACUAGAAAGAAAUUGCAAAAUGAUGUCUACGUUAGAGCUGGUUCUUGGAGGGAUUUGAGCACUAAUGAGAUGUCUUAUGGAUCCCAGAGAAAGAUUGCCGCCUUUCUGGACUCGUCUCACACCCUCAACUGGAAAGACUUGCUCUCAACGAUGCCAGAAUACGGUCCUCUACAGAUGCAGCAGUUAUCCCAGCAGGAAGUGAGAGGGAAGAGUCCCACUAUAUCACUGUUGAGCCACAUGGCAUCAAGAGGUAGGACUGUUGGCCAGUUGUAUGACUUUUGCAAUGACGAGGAGGAGCCUGACUACCAGUAUCUUAUAUGUGAAAGGACUACAAGUAAUAUAUAA